GUCCAGCGCCUGGAGGCGGUCGCCCCCCCGGCCAGCCAGGGCAGCCCGAUGCACCACGCGCUGCUGCGCCACAGGCCGGUGAGCAGCCCGUGCGGGCUGGUGAGCGUGGCGCUGCCGCAGCCCGCGGCGCUCACGGCACUGCAGCGCCGCUUGGACAGCUGCGACCCCGCGGAGGGCAUCUUCGACCCGGACUUGCUGGGCCGGCCAGAGGCCCGGGACGAGCUGCACGUGGAGUUGCGGGGGCCGGGGGGGGCGCACGGCCUGCGGCUCUGGCCGACCUUCCUGGCGCACCUCGUAACCCCGGCCGACCUGCUGCCGGCGGGCGACGCCGAUUCCGAGGACGAGCCUGGCGGCGGGGGCGGCUCCACUCAGGCAGCCGCCACACCCGGGCUGCACAGGGUCUUCGAGAGCGGAACGGCAACUGGACCGGCACGCUGUUGUGGGACGCCGCCGUGCACGCCACCGCGCACAUCCUCGGGAGCGCGGAGUGGUCGGCCGCCGUGCGGGGCAGCGCCUGCGUGCUGGAGCUCGGCGCCGGCCUGGGCCUACCGGCCCUGGCGUGCGCCGCCCUGGGCGCGAGGCGCGUGGCGGCGACGGACCGCGUGCCGCAGGUGCUCGCGCUGUUGGAGGAAAACGCGGCGCGGAAUUUCGAGUCCCACCCUGGCACGACCUUCUCGGACAUGCCUGACCUAAUGCUUACGCUCGACUGGUCCGCCGACGCCGCGCGCGAGCUCCCAGCGCGGCUCGGAGCGCCCGUCGUGGACACCGUGAUCGCGUGCGAUUGCAUCCUGCAGAGACUCUUCGGGGCCGCGGAGGCGCUGGCGGAGUUCCUCGAGGCGCUCGCAGCGGGCUGCCCCGAGCUGCGCUGCCUACUGGCCAGCGAGCUGCGGCCCGAGUGCGGCGUGGGGGCAUUCCUGCGCCGCGCCGGGCGGGCGUUCCAGGUGCGCAGGGUGGCCGUUGAUGGCUUCGUCCACCUGUUCGAGCUGCGACCGGCGGUCGCGCGCCACGGAGGGACCUCGAGAAGUCCGGAGACCGUAUGCUCCCCGACGCCUCCUCCGUGCGCGGCGCGCGGCUGA